AUGGCCAAACGCAAAGCACUCUCGAGAGAUGACUCUGACUUUGAGGCAUCUGCCUCUGACUUCAGUGACUACACGCCCAACUCUCGGAAGUCUAAAUCUAAGGACUCGUCAAACACAAGUCGUAAACGGGUGAAGCGGACCAACCUUGACCAGGAGCUGGUGGUUGAGUUGGAGGAAGCCUUUGAUUUACCUGCACAUGGAGCUUCGAGACACGCUAUCGGCACACGCGCAAGUCCCAUGCAGGGUGCACUGCUAGCUUGGUUCGAAGGAGUACACGACGCUAGAGGAAUGCCUUGGCGUAAACCAUUCGAUGCUUCGGCAGAUGCCAAUGCACGCUCCCAACGCGCAUAUGAGGUCUGGGUAUCAGAGAUUAUGCUACAGCAGACUCAGGUCACUACUGUCAUCCCUUACUACAAGAAAUGGAUGGAGCGCUUUCCUACUGUCCGGGACUUGGCAGAUGCGGACAUAGAAACUGUGAAUGCGCUAUGGAAGGGACUCGGCUACUAUUCGCGUGCAGCUCGUCUUCUCGCCGGUGCGCAGAAGGUGGUCCGUGAGCUCGACGGUCGCUUACCCACCAAUGCUGCGGACAUGCAGGCGAAGAUGCCUGGAAUAGGUCGGUACACGGCUGGGGCCAUCUGCAGUAUCGCUUACGGAGAGCAAGUGCCUGUGCUCGAUGGCAACGUUACCCGACUCAUGAGUCGUAUACUCGCUUUGCAUGCACCCCCCAAGUCAAAAACUACGCUGGAUACUCUAUGGCAAGGAGCAUCGGAUCUUGUUAAUGGAUGCCAGCAAGCCGGUAUGCUCAAUCAGGCUCUUAUCGAGCUUGGUGCGACUGUCUGCAAGCCACGCGAUGCCUCCUGUGGCGACUGUCCUAUCAAACAGUGGUGUACCGCCCAGAGCAUUGCUCACGAAGAGCAGGAUUCUGUAUCUAUGCCAGAUAUCGAGGAGACUUGUACACUCUGUGUACCAAUACCGCAGUCUGGCGCCGCCAUGAGACCUCAAGUGACGGCGUACCCGAUGGCCGUCGUGCGCAAGAAGCAGCGAGAAGAAACGGAUGCUGUCUUCGUGAUCGAGUGGCGUUCAACAGACGAGGCGGCUGAGAGGAUGUUUCUGAUGGUACGACGCCCUGACUCAGGCUUACUCGCCGGACUACACGAGUUCCCCACGGUGGAGAAGACGUCUGCAGAGAGCGACGACAACGUACACCUACGCAGUGUGCUUAUGCGCUACCUUGAGAACGGCUCACGUAUAUCGGACUCAUCGAAGCACCAUUCCGACCAACCACACGUUGCCAGAGUUCAACCCGUCGGCGAUGUCGUCCAUGUGUUCUCGCACAUUCGCAAGACGUACCGCGUGAGCUGGACGGUGUUGACGGGUGCUGGCGGGCCGCCUGCUUUGAAAGUUUCGACCGGAGUGCAGCCGGCCCAGAAGAAGAGCACACGGACGAAGAAGAUGACGCCGACGUCGGAGAACGACAGUAGUGGAGCCGUUUCGCCGUCCCACUCGGCAUGGGUAAGGCUCUCGGACGUCGAACAUGCAAAUGUUGGGACUGGGGUCAUGAAAAUAUGGAAGAUGGUGGGCGCAGUCAAAGACUUUGCAGUAUUGUAG